AUGGAGUUUUACCUCGUGAAUCUCUUCGUCUUCUGUGCCAUCAACGUGGGCCUCAUCUGCUGCCAGCGCCGACGCACACUCCAGGCUGCUCGGCGCUCCGCCAGCCACGCGACCCGAGACCAUGACACUACAGAGCAUGCCGGGCAUCUCCACGUCCACUUCCUGGUAGUCUAUGCUUUUGCCGUCGCCGCCGACUGGCUCCAGGGCCCGCACAUCUACGCCAUCUACAAAUACGAAAAGCAUCUUCCAGAGGAGCUUGUUGCGCUUUUGCUCUUCCUGCUUCUUCUUGGUCGCGUGCUCGGUGGAAUCUCGACGACCCUCCUGUUCAGCGUAUUCGAGACUUGGUUGAUCGCCGAGUUCCACCGCCCGGGGGCAGAUAGGUCAGGUAUCACCCUGGAUAAGAUAUUCGGACGCAUGACGCUGGUCAGCAGUACCGUGGCCAUCGUCUCCGGCGUCGCCGGUGAUGCCUUGGUGGAAGCUACAGGAACUCGCAUCUGGCCAUUCGCUGCUAGUUCGCUGAGCUCCAUGGUUGCUGGCUUCCUCAUUUUGGUGCUCUGGCGCGAAAACUACGGCAAUCCACCGGCAGCCAAAGGUCUAAUAUUCCGUCUCCAUCAAGGCGCGCGGAAAGCCUUUGCGAACAAGCAAAUAAUGGCAUUGGGUCUCGCUUCCUGCUGCCUGGAGGGAGCCAUGUACUUGUUCGUGUUUUUCUGGUCGGCUGCGCUCAAAAGCGCUCGGGAGCGGGCUCGCCCUGACGAGGACGUGCCAUACGGGCUCAUCUUCUCGAGCUUCAUGUGUUCCAUGGCAUCAGGAUCCCUCAUCCUACAAACGGUCUUUGGGGCCCUCUCGGUGGAAACCGCUGCCGUCAAUGUGGGCAUCUCGAUGCUAGUUGCGAGUGCAUGUUUCUCUGGCGCGGCCUUUUUCGAGAACGAGUCACUGAUAUUCUGGAGUUUCUGCGUCCUCGAAUCCUGCUUUGGGGCUUACUUUCCAGCCAUGGCUGCCCUCAAGAGCCAGGUUGUCGAGGAUGACAUUCGCGGCAGCGUCUACAGCUCCCUCAGGCUACCGCUGAAUUUGUUUGUCGUGGUCGCCCACAGUCUCGACUGCGAAGGCGACAACCAUCGGAACCGCGUCUUUCUGCUGGCGCAGCUCGUGCUCCACGACGCCAAGCUCCGUCUCCUCCAGCUCGCCUCGCCCGUCGCCGUCUUCUUCUCUCACCACUCUCCUCGCCUCCCGCCCAGACCUCGUGCCUCACCCGCCGCCGAUUCCCUCGACAUUGGGCCCGUCUGCCUGAAUCCCGCCCCGUUCCCGACCGUCCCACCCGCCUCCCAUCCUCUCACCAUGGCCCUCGCAGCCGAGACGAAGCGGGUUGUCGAGCAAUUCGACUUCUCCGACAGCGAUGUCGACGUCCACGUUAAGGAGUUCUUGCGGCAAAUGGACGAGGGGUUAGAAAAAGAUGGCACGAGCCUCAGCCAGAUCCCCACUUACGUCACUGGAGUCCCCAACGGCACAGAAAAGGGCCUGUACAUGGCCGUCGACCUGGGCGGAACCAACUUUCGCGUCUGCGCCAUUCAGCUCAAUGGCGACACGACCUUCAACCUGACAUACUCCAAGGUUGCCAUCCCGGCGGAGCUCAUGGUGGCUAAGACGUCGUCGGAGCUUUUCGCUUUCCUCGCCAAGCAGAUUGAGCUGUUCCUCAAGGAGCAUCAUGCGGAGCGGUUCGCUAGCAACGUGCAGCGGUCCAGCACGCCCGGUGGACCCCGCGAUGAGAACAUAUUCCGCCUCGGCUUCACCUUCAGCUUCCCCGUCAAGCAGCUGGCAAUUAACAAGGGCCUGCUCAUGAGAUGGACCAAGGGCUUCGACAUUCCCGAUGCGGUGGGCAAGGACGUGUGCGCCCUGCUGCAGACGGAAAUCGACAAGCUCGGCCUGCCGGUCAAGGUGGCUGCCCUAGUCAACGACACCGUUGGGACGCUUAUGGCGCGCUCCUACGCGUCGACCGGCAAGCACCGAUCCAUCAUGGGCGCCAUCUUCGGCACCGGCACCAACGGUGCGUACAUCGAGAAGACGGCCAACAUCAAGAAGCCCAUCGAGGGCGAAUACGACGCUUCGACCGGUGAGAUGGUCGUCAACGUCGAGUGGGGCUCGUUCGAUAACCAGCUCAACGUCAUGCCGACGACGCCGUGGGACAAGGCGCUGGAUCUCGAGACGCCCAACCCCGGCUUCCAGAUGUUCGAGAAGAGAAUCUCGGGCAUGUUCCUCGGCGAGCUGGUGCGACUGGCGAUUGUGGACAUGAUGAAGAACGAAGAAAUCUCGCUGUUCCGGGACAUCAACUCGAGCUUCAACGACUGGAUGACGACCACCAGCAUCCCCAAGGAGUCGGGGCUGCUCAAGACGGGAGGCCUGGACAGCGCCAUCUUGUCGGUCGCCGCCGCCGACAACAGCCCGGAGCUGUCGACGCUCCGACAGUCGCUGGAGAACACCCUCCACGUGUACAACCCGGCCCUGGAGGACGCGCAGGCCUUCAAGGCCGUCGCCGGCGCUGUCGUCCGCCGCGCGGCCCGCAUGUCGGCCGUCGCCCUCGGCGCCAUCGCCCUGCGGUCGGGCCUGCUCGAGGACCCCAACGAGGACGUGCUUGACAUUGGCGUCGACGGCAGCCUGGUGGAGCACUACCCCUUCUUCCGUGAAAUGAUCUACGAGGCGCUCCCGGCCGUCGAGGGCAUCGGGGCCGCCGGCGCCAAGAAGAUCCGCAUCGGCAUCGCUAAGGACGGCAGCGGCGUCGGCGCCGCGCUGAUUGCGCUCGUGGCGCAGCAGCAGGAGGGUAAAUGA